AUGGCGAUGUACCAAGCGGUGGUCUCUAAACAGGACAGAUCAGCCUUCUCCAGUGGGGUCAUGGAAGAAGCCGAGGUUUGUUCUCUUCCUGGGGGUCUUGCCAGCAUCCGUAGACAGUUUGAGAGUAAAGAGAUGUCCUCUGCUCACACGGUCACACAGUUUCACCUCACACACAGAUCUGUGCAGACUGCACAUGAUGACCAGGAGGUUAUUUCCAGUUAUGAAAAUUAUCACAAUGAGACUGAGCAGGAAGAGUACUAUCCACGACUCUCAACUAAAGAACUAGCACAGCAUUUUGAAAAGACUAUAGAGGAAGCAGCCCCAAGCAAGAAAAUUAAGAUUGAACGUGACAUCAGCCACUCACAACUGCCAUCAGAUGCGAAUGUAUCCCUUCAAGCUGUGAAAAGCGAGAUAUCGAGGACGUUGAACAGUGUUGCUACAGAUAAAGCAGAGGAGUGUGAACCAAGACCUUUGUCUGCUAUUGAUGAUGAUGAAAAUGAUGAUCUGGAAUAUCUGCCACCACCCCAACAGGACUUACUGGAGGAACCCUCAAAAGAAGCAGAGGACUUCCCCGAACCCCCACUUCACCCAGUGAAGCACACAAUGAACAGAGAGCAAUACUAUAGACAAAGAGAACUGUUAGAGCUAAAACGACUCUGCAAACACAUUCACCCGGAUGUCAGGAAAGAUUUGGAAAGAGAUUUCUAUAACGACGAGAUGGAUGCGGAAAUCGAAGCUGUAGGGGAUGUUCAGGAGGCAGCAUACCCAUUUGAACACACUGGCAGCAUUUCAAACGGAAGCCCGGAACGCGAAUACCUGGAGUGGGAUGAGAUUCUGAGAGGCGAGGUGCAGUCCAUGCGCUGGAUGUUUGAGAACAAACCUUUGGACUGCAUUAAGGAUGACUCUUCAGAUUAUGAGGAGGAUGGCAAGAAGCCCAUUCAACAGGAAUUCAUCGCUGGGAGUGACGUGAAGAACACCAUUUUGAUGUUCAAAACGCAGCCCACUGACGUGCUGGGGCUGGAUCGUGAUUCAGCUAAACCCAACCAUUUAAUGAAUGAAGUCAGGAGGAGAGAUGUUCGUACUGCGGCUUGGUUGUUUGAAACAAAGCCAAUGGAUACGUUGAAUAAAAUUCAUGCUGAUGAAGAGCAAACUAAAGAAGUCAUCUUCACGCAAGAGGCAACUGAAGGGGAUUUGAAGUCUGUGAGGUACAUGUUUGAAAACCAGGAAAUGGACUCUCUUGGUGACACAGAAACUAUGGACGAGAAACAACUUCUAAGUCUAAAGUCUGUGCUGGAGGAGAUCAAAUCAGAAGUGAAGAAGGUCAUCUGGAUGUUUGAGACUCAAUGCAUGUGUGUAAUGAGGGAGCACUCAGGUGCGAUGGUUCUUAUUACAUCUGUCCGUAGAGAGGAAACGGAAAAAGGUGACAUCAAAACAUCAAGAUGGCUUUUCGAGACCCAGCCUUUGGAUGAGAUUGAAGAGGAUCUUUCUCACAUUCGACUCAUCUCCAGCAUUUCCAUGGAGGACAACCAACUGGGUGAUGCGAAAAGGGGAAGAUGGCUGUUUGAGACAAAGAGUCUUGACUCCAUAAAUGCACACUGGGAAAGACUGCAAAAGCAGCAGAAAGAAGAGAUUCUUGGGGCAGAUGUACGCAAACACUGCAUGGUGUUUGAGACUCAGUCGAUGGACAUGCUGAAAGAUGAUUCCAACUCCAAGCCUGUCACCACAGAACAGAUUAUAGGAGGUAAUGUUCGCUCUGUUAGACACUUAUUUGAAAGUUCUUCACCAGAUGAACUAAAAGAGCUGCCAGAGGUGAGAAAGUUAAAUAAAAAGGUUGAAUUUGAGGAUGUAAAAGGUGAUGUUAGACACCAGAGAUGGCUGUUUGAGAAUAAGCCAUUGGAGAACAUCAAAGAUGAGGAAGAAGAGGUAGGACGACUUAAGAAAACUGUAGCAUCCAGUGAAGAAAGAGGUGAUGUUAGACAUCAAAGAUGGCUGUUUGAGAACCAUUGUUUGGAAGACAUUAGAGAAGAAAAGAGAGAGUUUACAAAAACAAUCGAAACCAAACAAAUAGAUAGAAGUUACAGGGGUGAUGUCCGCAGAAAUUGUUGGGUGUUUGAGAUGCAGCCAAUGGACGCAUUAAAGGAUGAUUCAAAUGCCAGGCCGGUAGACCCAGAAGAAAUUAUCGGAGGUGACGUUCAAUCAGCCAGACACUUUUUUGAACCUGCUCCAAAAGAUGAAAUGAAGGAGCUUGCAGAGGUGGGGAAACUCAAACGAAUGGUGACAUCUGAGGAGAGGGGUGACGUUAGACACCAGAAGUGGGUGUUUGAGAGCCAGCCUUUAGAGCAGAUCAGAGAGGAAGAAAAGGAAAUAACAAGAAUGGUGAAUGUGGAGGAUAUUGCAAAUGUAGAUGUUAUCAAUUACAAGCAAAUCUUUGAGACUUACGACUUAAGCCAAUGUGAUGAAAGUCAGAAGAUUCAAGUUGAGGGUGUCAUAACCGGAUCUGUGCAAUCAAAUAAAGAUCUGUUUGAGUCCAUGCCUUUGUACGCCAUGCAAGACAGCUCAGGGCAUUAUCACGAGGUCAGAACCGUACGACAAGAAGAAAUCGUCAAAGGAGAUGUCAGAAGCUGCCUAUGGAUGUUUGAAACUCGCCCUAUUGACCAAUUUGACGAGAGUGUCACCAAAUUCCAAAUUAUCAGGGGCAUAACUCAACAAGAGGUUGAAUCUGGGGAUGUUAAGACAGCAAAAUGGCUUUUUGAAACCCAGCCGCUUGAUGCUAUUAAGUACUUUAGCAAUAUCAAAGAGGAGGAGUGUUUUAUUAGCGAAACGGCAGAAAUAGUGAAAGGUGAUGUUAAAACUUGUAAGUGGCUUUUUGAGACAAAACCAAUGGAUACGCUUUAUGAAAAGGAAGAGAUUGAGAACAAAAAAGAUUGUGGGGACCUUCAAAAAGGUGACGUGAAGACAUGCACUUGGCUUUUUGAAACUCAAACUCUUGAUGCCAUACAGGACAAUUCAAAGACGGUGUUGAAAACUCAUACUGUGAAACAAGAUGACAUUCAAGGAAAAGAUGUACGCAUGACGCGCUUCCUGUUUGAGACUGAAAACUUGGAGAAUAUUACUGGCGAAGAUGGGGGAGCCUUCAAGAGAGUGACUGAGAUAGAUAUUGAGUCUGGGGAUGUGUCUCGGAUGAAAUACAUAUUUGAGAACCAGUCUUCAGAUGUGAUGAGCCCAACCUCGGAGGAUUUCAUGAGACAGCUGAGGAGUGCUCAAGCUGAGGAUAUUCAGAAAGGAAAGGUUGAAAACUGCAAAUGGCUAUUUGAAAACCAGCCCAUAGAUGCAAUCUCCGAGACCCCUGGGGAGCUGAAAGCAACCCGCACGGUACAAGAUAUUCAGGGAGGCAAUGUAGAUAAAGGCAGAUUCAUUUUUGAGACCUACUCAUUAGAUAAGAUUCAAGACGAGCCCAAAAUGAAAAAACUCCAGAAAGUCAACCGGAACAAGGAGGAGAAAGGAGAUGUGAAAAGCUACGCCUUGAUGUUUGAGACUCAGCCUCUCUAUGCCAUCCAGGACAAAGAAGGCUAUUAUCAUGAAGUGACCACACUUACAAAAGAGGAAAUACAAAGAGGUGAUGUGGUGGGAACCCGCUGGCUGUUCGAAACUAAGCCUCUGGACUCAAUUAGAGACACAAAUGAGGUCUACCUUUUAAAAGCUGUUACAGAGGAAGAUGUCCACAAAGGUGACGUCAGCUCAGCGAGGUGGCGGUUUGAAACCCAACCCCUGGAUAACAUUGCAGAGGAUGCCAAAAUGUCAAUCAAAACUGUCGAAGACAUUAAAGGAGGGGAUGUUAAAACAAACAAAGAGCAUUUUGAGUCUGAAGCAAUGUCUCAAAAAUUGGUGCAUACUGUAAGCAUGAGUGAGAUUCAUAAAGGUGAUGUUAGGUCAGCGAAAUGGAUGUUUGAAACUCAUACAAUUGAUCAGAUCCACAGUGAAAGGUCAGAGGAUGAAAUGAAGACUGUUGUUAUGGAGGAAGAGCUGAAGGGGGAUGUCAAACAGUCUGUAUGGCUAUUUGAGAAGAAUCCUCUCGAUCAUAUUAAAGAAAGUGAUGAAACAAAACAGGUGGUGCGUGAAGAGAUCCCCAAAGCGGAUGUAAAAACGACAACAUGGCUUUUCGAAACCACUCCAUUCCCUGGUUUCAAUGAGAGCAGUUUGGAGAAAACCAAGGUUGUUGGUAAAAGUGUCAAAGCAACGCUGGAUGAGCUGUACACUCAGAAAAUGGUAGAAUCAAAUGGCAUCAUUAUUGAGGCAGAUGAAAUUGGAGAUGUUCGCAUGGCUAAGUACAAUCUAAUGAAUAAAGAGGCUCCUCGGAUCCAAAAAGAAGAAAUCAUUAAAAGUGAUCUACAAAACAUCAUGAUGAACCUCCUAAACAGACAGGAGAAAGCCAAGAGGGGAAUUGUUAUAAAUGCAGAAGAGAGAGGGGACAUCAGCAGCACAAUACAACAGCUGCUCCACCACCACAGUGGCACCACUGUAGAGAAAGAGGAGAUAAUAAGAGGUGACAUUCAAGAAGCCAUAAACAACCUGCUCAAAGAGGAGAGCACUGGCAAACAGGGUAUUCUCAUUCAGGAAGACGAAAUGGGGAGUAUUCGUAUGACCAUUUACUCUUUAUUAAAUAUGAAUGAGGAAUCAACCACUCUGAAAGAAAACAUAGUCGGAGGUAACGUGAAAGGGUGCCUAGAGAGACUUUGCAAUCCAGAAACAGAGGAGAUUGUGAGAAUUAAAGUGGAUGAAGCAGAAAAGGGAAAGGUGAGGUUUUAUUCUACAUGUAUUGAAAGGGGUGCACUGGAUUACCUCCGAAAGUUGCAAGCAGGGCCAGAUGAGACCGAGCCAGGUACAAUUGAAAAUGAGGAUAUCAUUGGUGGUGAUACUGAAGGGACGAAACUCAGCCUGACAAGUAAUCAUGCACAAAUUGGCCGUCUGGUAGACAGGGAAGAUAUAGUCCCAGGCGACAUUCAUAAUACAGUCAAAGUUUUCAUGACGGAGCCUCCAGUCUCAUUUGAGCACUUACAAAGAGAACAAAUAAUAAGAGGGGACUUACAAGCAGCAAUGACCUCACUGACUCAGUCCAUAAACCAGAUGGCUCUUCUGGAGAAAGAAGAGGUGGUUAGAGGUGACCUACCUUCAGCCUUUAGGUCUCUUGGGGAGGCCCAAAAUCAGCCGAGAGAGGUGGAGAAACCAGAAAUCAUUUCUGGUAACAUCAAAGGAGCACUGAAGUCACUCAAAGACUCUGCUUCCACCAAGGUGAAAAUUGUCAUAGAAGAUUUAGUGCCAGGUGACAUCAAGUGUAAACUGAAAUCACUGGAGGAGGCCAGACAUGCAGUGAAAGAAGUAGAGAAGGAGAUUAUUGUAAAGGGUGAUGUUCACACAGCAAUACAGAGUCUGCAAGAAGCUUCUAAUGAGAAAAAGGUUUACCAGCAAGAUAUUGGUGUCCAGGAAGGAAAGAUUCAACUCUUACUUGAGCCUCCUCCAUCUCCCAGAUUGCAACAUAAGGCAAGCACAGAGGGUGACGUGAAGCUUUCCAUAAAAGCACUCUGCGAGACUCAAGAGCAAGUACAAUCGGACAAAGAGGAGGUAAUAAAGGGAGAUGUUAAGGGCACAAUAAAAUCCUUAAUGGAAACAGCGCAGAGAGCAAGCCCAACGAUUCCCCAGAGGGAGCCGAUAAGAAAGGUCAAAGUUCCUGUCAAAACCCCAUCACCAUCAGUAAAGGAGAUCCAGACACAGAGGCCCACUCCUGCAGUUAAAAACCUCGAUAUAAGCAAUGAAUCACAGAGGAAGGCUAAAAAGCUUACAACUUCCAAAUCAAUGCACAACAGAUAUACAUCUCAAGAGACUCAAACCACAACACACAGCCAUGAGACAAAGGCCACCAUGUUGGAACACAAAACGAUCGUUCAAACACAUGGUGUCAAAACUUUAAAGACGGACUUCCUUAACCUCAAAAGUAGCCGUAAGGGAUUAAUCAGACUGGAUAAAGCAAAAGAAAAUCAACUAGAAAUUUGCUUGCCACCCCCACCAUCUGAUCCCUCACCCCCUCUGCCUCCCCCUCCCUCACCCCCUCUAAAUUAUGAUAGCAUCUCGUUCCCCACUCCUCCUCCAAGCAUCAGGGGUGAUUACGAUCUUCCUCCUCCCCCAACUCCACCUCCUCCACCAAUCUGUGAUCCAGCAAAGUCAGAACUUGACCAUUCACCUCCUCCACCAACCCCACCUCCUCCUCCUCUGCCCACAGUCGAGCAAGACAUCCUCCCUCCCCCUCCCACUGAGCAAGUGCUAGACCUCCUCCCAGUACCCAGCAUAACACCAGCCAAAGCCACUAAAAUGACUGUCAAGCCUGUCAAAGCGCCAACCUUGUGCAAAGUACCCAAGCUCAAGCCUGCAAUUUUGUUUGACAAAAUGGACAUGCAGGCUACACAAAAGACCAGGAUCAGUGAAAUGGUGAAAAAUGCCAACAAAGUGCUUACUCAAAGCACCACCUCAUCAUUAAAGUCCAAUCUGAUCUCCUCUGAAAUUCAGUCUCCUUUUACAAAGCAGCCGGAGUCUCCACAGCCUCCCAAGAAAGUUUUCGCCCCCUUGACACUUAACCCUCCCGCCUCUCCCCCACCGAGCAAAUCCCCUGUAAGCAAGUUCAAAACCCCAUUAAUACAAGCUGAGCAAAAAUACAGACAGCAAAGGGAGGGGAGCUGCACGCCACCGCACUCCCCGGCUUUUGAAAUCCAUAUGCACGAGUCUGUCAGCGCAGCCCUUGAAAUGCUUUCUUCUGAGAGCACGAGCACAGUGCAAUCAGAGGCAAGCAUAUCAUUUGAUUUCACUCAAGAGAGAGCUCAAAAGAGUGUGACCAAAUCUGAAUCAGCCACAGAUUCAUCCAAGCAUCCAGCUCUCUCAGACACUCCCCCAAGCAAGACUUUGAUCGCUGUUGCAAAUAAGAAAUCUCCUCCAGAAUCUCCUGUUAUUUCCUCAGCUAAACAGAACAUUAUCUCUAAUCAGCCAUCACAAGCCUCUUCAGGUCACCAGCAGACCACCUCCACUUCAACUAAGAAGAAAAAGAAGAGAUCCAUGACAACUAAUAUACAACAGGUGACAUCUGUUAUUCAAACAAAGACAGUUAUUAACAAUACAGCACAAGUGUCUGAAGGAGUAAAGGCAUCUGUCACCACAUACAAGCCUCAGACUAAAAAUGUGCAUGUGCAGAGUGCCUCUGAGGCCGAAACUGUCGGAAAAGGUUUAAAAAGUAGCACUCAAACUGAACAUGGAUCCAAGUCUAAAGACAAAACAAUGGAGGAAAUUUUGCCAAACAAAAAUCAGGAAAAAUCCUCCCCUGAACGAUCCAAGGGUCAAAUUAAAGAUGCUGAGCAAAAGGCAGACAGUCAAAAGGCUAAGAAAGUUAGUAAGAGUGUUAAGCUAGAGAGUAUGGAGAAAACAAUAGUGGAACAGACACAGAGCGUGAGACUCAUGCAGGAUAAUGAGGGAAAAGAAACACAGGUUAAAGUGGAGAAGAAGGCUAAAGAGAAACCUUUCGAGGAGCCCCCUGCCACUCCAAAAAAGAAAAGGAGGGGUAAAAAUAAGAAAGACAGGGAGACAGCUCAGCAAGCCCAAAAUGGCAAUGCCAGUGCAGCAUCCACCUCGCCCACAGAGGCAAAGCCAGCUGAGCCAAAAUGGCCAGUGUUAUUAUCCAAUAAAAAGCAAGAGGAAGUCACUGUUGUGCAAACACAGCAGACCUUUCGAGGGGAACACACAGAGGUUUUCAUAACUGAGAGUACAGUCCAACAGCAGAGUUUCCAUCAGGAGGGCACAACCGUGAAACUUCAAACACAGGACAACGGAAGCCAGCAGAUUCCAGAGAAAUCAAAAGAUGAAAGCCAAAAUGUUCCAAUAAAAAUAAGAGGCAAAUCUGCACAAAGGGAGCCUGCUGAUUCCUCUGCGGAAAGCUCUGGCACACCGCUAAGACAUGCUGAAGCUCAGAAGAUGUUGUCUCGUAUCACAGACUUACAGGGUGCAGAAAAAAUUGACUUUAAGUCUGUGAAGACAUGGCUUAAUGAAAUGCCAGCUUGGCUACUUGAGCCAGAAGAGAAGAGUACUUUGGAAGGGGCAGCAGCUGAGCACAACGGACAGAAGUUCAAAGAAAUUCUUGCUCACGUUAAAAACCUUUUUGAAGCUAAACUAAUGCACUUCAUUAGAAGUUCAGACACGACUGAAAAACACGAAUGUGAAGAUACAUCAGAAAAAUUUGUCCCUGGUGGAGCAACUCAAAGGAUUUCAAAAAUUACCAUUGGUUCUACAAAGUGUGAAACACAAAAGAUAGUCAAAGAAGAGACAAAGACAACUCACAAAAGCCGAAAGCAGCAAAACAGCGACAUUAAAACUCUAGCUCCCAGAGCUCCAUCUCCAUUGUUACGAAUGCGCUCUCCCUCACCCACUUUCAUCACCAUCGAGUCUACAAGGAGAACCGACUCCCCUCAGAGAGUGCCAAUGCCACCUACGCCACCGCCACACACGUCUGAAAGCUCUCGCAUAAGCAGAGCCUCUCCAUCACACGCUUCGAGCAGGGCGGAUAGUCUGACGCGACUCCGAAAUGCAACAGCUACGCUCUCCCGCGGAGCCUCGCCCGAUCCGAUGCCUCACGUAGUGCAGGUAACCGGAAAGAAAAAGUCUGAAAUUGUGGAAACUCCUGCCACAUUCCAUCGACAGUUCAAAAUAGAUUCUAAACCUGAUGAAGAGAAAAGGACCAAAAAAGAGACAUUUGGAUCUUCUGAAUUGGCAACAGUGACGUCAUUGGAUUAUGAGGGGGCUCAGAAAGUUAAAGUGAUUAAAACUAACAUACAGGGAGAUGCCAUUGAUGUUCCAGAGCAUUUAGGCCUCAACAAGGAAGGCACCAAGUCAGAGAGUCAAAUGAAAAAGAAAGAAAAGCUCAACAAGGUGCAGCUUUCUGAGCUGGGCAACAAAAUUGAGACUUUCUCAGAGAAAGGUGUUAUUAGAAAAGACCAAAUUGACAAAACAGAGAAGACUGGCAGUGAUACCAACGACCUGGAGCAUGAUACGGAGAAGAAAGAAAGUCAAAAAGAGGAUAUGCCUGCUUUCAACUUCAAGGAUAUUAAAAAUGUUUUUGAAAUGAGUGAGCAAAAUUCCCACAUCAAAGAGCUACAAAACAAACAGGAGGAACAGGAGUCAAGAGUGAGUGAAAUUGUGUCUGACGGUUCAAAGCCCGAGCUUCCUUCAGAGAGGGAACAAGGCACCCUGCAGAGCUUCCCGGCACCUGUGUGCAAAGAAGUGAAAGUAGACACGUCUGUCGAUCCAACAGGCUUUUCGGAGACAAAAACAGUCACUGAACAUUAUUCCUCUGUUGAUGGGUUCGGCACAAAAAUUAUCGGAUCAAGAAACACUACAACAGUUUCCAAACACACCCAAAGUGUUACAACGCAACGGGUGCCUUUCUCCUAUGCUGAUGCUGUGAAGAAAAAGACAACAGAGGUGAAGGAUUCGCCCGAGGCCUCUGCAGAGGAACUGAUGAAGAAUUUCCACAAGACAUGGACAGAAAGUGAGAGUGUGUUCAAAAGCUUGGGUGUCACAGAUUCGAGUACCAAAAUCCGAGAUGCGUGCAAUGUGCAAGAAGAGGGUGUACCCAAUGGAAGGCCUGAUAGCCGACAAAAAAAGGUUCUAUAAAACCUGUAUUUUUCUGUGAACACUGCAAAAAUAAAUUGAGCCUUGGAAACUUUGUCUCUCUCCAUGGACAUUUAUACUGCCAACCACAUUAUAAACAACUCUUCAAGUCUAAAGGGAAUUUCGAGGAUGGGUUUGGACAUGGUUUGCAAAAAGAAAU